CACUGAAAUAACGAUUUCCGAUUUCACGUCAUAUUGUUCCGUACACCUCACUAGGAUCAAUGCAAAAGGUCAUGGCGAAAACAUGUCGACAGCACACAAAAGGGACUUCAAGACACUAGCGUCUGAAUAAGUUAAGAAACCGUGUUAGGAACGGGGAUGUGUUAGAUAUUUCAGUGAGUGUGAGCAACAGAAUACAUAAACAGGUUGUGCUUAUCUCUUCAAGAAUAACAACUCGUUCAUCAAUAGCUUAAUGCCUCGGAUAAAUAUGGACUUAAUAAGAAUACUAUGGGUAAAAAUAGAACUACUACAGACUUUUAUCUUGUGGUUUCUUCAAUAUAUAGGAAGCAAGUGGAAAGUACGCAAGCUAAAGAAAGCUAUCCAAAGAUCAGAGUCUGAAUGCCCUAAAAAAAAUGAGAACCACAACAACAGCCAUAGAAAACCUUUCCUAGAAUUUAAGGAAAAAAUUGAUGAGAAUUUUAGCAUUGCUCCCGAGAUAGUAACUUUCACUAAAAUUAUGGGAAAACUGACAGGAAUUAUGGUCACUACGAACGGGAGUGACACCUGUUUCCUACAGAAGAUACGACGAUUAAAGAAUACAGUGGGAGAAAGUGGAGACCGCGCAGUUUUAACUUUCACUACAGUUUAUCAUGCGUUUGGCGUUGAGGACAGUUUGAAUGGCAUCUUUAAACUAGCACGUGAAUGGAAAAAGUAUAAAACAGAAGUGAUUUUGUUUUAUGAUGAAAAGGUCGAUGAUUUUUAUAUGGAAAAGAAAUGUCCACACUUGAAAGAAUUUCGACUGCUUGAUACAGACAAAGAAGAAGGUAUUCAGAAUGACUGGUGUGCUAUUGAAUGUGAAGUGAACUGUGACAGCGUGUAUGAAACCAAUGGCGUGGAAAGAAAUCUGGUCAAUGCACUGGAGCAUUAUUUAGAAGACUACAAAAGAAAGCAGAAAGAAAUUUAUGAAUCAAUUAAAAAUAAUACAAUAAGCAAUGACAACCUAGUUGUAAUAAUUGGUCAUCCACAUGGUGGACCCAAGCAGGUCAGCGUGGGUCGACACUAUCCACUUCUUAAAGAUGAACCCAAAAAAGUUAGAAGUAGUCAGCUUUGGUGCCGGUAUUACUAUGAUGCUCCCACUUGUAUAGGCAACAGUGGAUCUCCUGUGUUCAUACCUGGUCAACCGAUUGCCGGAUUUGGUUUUUGGUUCGGACAUCAGCACAACCACAAAAGCGAUGUUACCUCUACAAGUAGAUGGGCCAGAGCAAAACGUAUAUAUCCUGAUAUAAAGUGUUUGGGGAUGAGCUCAAUAGGCGUUGAACAGUGUUAAACUUGACUAAACACAUCACAUAAGUAAGUAGGCUUAUUCCUUUUGAUUACCAGUGAAGGAUAGGACCGCCAUAGCACUUUGAAUUCGGACUCUGGGCAGUUCCCCUCAGCUGGAUCCUUGUCCAUCCUGCCGUCUUCGCCUCUUGGUCUACUGAAUAUGCCAUUAUCGCUUUGGCCUUUCGGACUUUCUCUUUCCCUGCAGGUUCCAGUCUGGGGCCUGUUUUGAAAUGCUUUGUUGUUGUGUUUUUUUUUUGCAAUAUCUUCCCAACCCAACCUCCAUUUUGUGUUUUCCGAUUUCUUGCACUAUCAUUGCUUGCUGGGUUUUUUUUUCUUACUGACAAUUGUUUGAGAUUUCGUUCGGCCAUCUAACAUCAAUUUAUGUGACGUAAACGUUUGUUAAUGAACGCUUGGAGCUUGUUUGUGUUGCUAUUGACGCCAUGUCUCUGCACUGUUGUCACACCACCAUUUGAUACUGUGACGUACUGGCUGGGAAAUAUUGAGAAACUCUGAGUAAAACAAAUAAUAGUGCAGCACGAGAAAAAUAAGAGUUAACAAUUGAAUUGUGGGUAAUUGGUCACAUGAUUAGAGAGCUGACCACAUGGGUAAGAAGCAGUGUCUUUGAGCUGGAUUGACGUUGUAUGCACUUAAUUUAUUAAUACAGUAUCAGUUGCGUACUUAGAAUAUUCUAUUGGAUUUAUGUGGCAUGAAAUGUAUUUCUGCAUGGCUGGUUUUGCCAAGCUUAUGUGUAUCUUAUGUUAUGGAUAAUAAAAGAAACCACUGCUAUUCAGGGACUUUGUGCAUAAUUUAAAUAUCUGUUGUGAUGUGCUAUAAGUAGAGAACUUACGAGACAAAAAGUAGUACAAGAGCUGAAGUAAUAUCAAGAGAUCUUUAAUUAUACUAUCAAUCACAAUCAAAAUUUACAUUGAAGACUUUACAACUAUAUAAAAAUAAAAGCACUUCUAUCACAUUUGUGUUGAAGAUGCGGAUUUUACCUUUUAGACACAGCACUUUUCACCGCUAGAUCGGUCCUAGAGUACUGAAAGCAAGUCUAGGCUUGUUGAUUCAAUGUUUGACAUCUUUCCUGAGAUUUUAUCGAUUGGAAUUAUAAGCCCUAGUUAUAAAAACACACGCAACAAGAACAAUCCAGAAAAUUAUAGACGAAUCAUACUACUCUUAUGAAUGCUUGGAGCUUGUCUAUGUUGCUAUUGACGCCAAGUCUCUCCACUGUUGUCACACCACCAUUUGAUACAAAACUUAUUUUAACUCACUCUGUCUGUCUG